AUGGACCACGUCGCCAACCUAGUCCACUGCCAUAUAUUCGCCAUUGUGUCCGGUAUAUCGCAGAUCCAACUCCCAGCCGCGGAUCUCCUCGUCAAUCCGGCCCAGCUGCUCAACCUCAUCAGCCGCCACCGCGUCUCGCGCACGUUCAUGCCCAACUUCCUCUGUGCCAAGUUGCGACGACAGCUGGAGUCGGGGAAUCCAGAGUACACCCUGGACUCUGACCUCAACCUCGAGACGCUCUAUGUUGACACCGGCGGCGAAGCCAACGUCACGAAGGUGUGUGUUGCACUCCAAGCCCUCCUCAGCCGGUACGGGGCACCAGACGACGUCUUCAAGCCCUCGUUCGGCAUGACCGAGACUGCGGCCGGGUGCAUAUUCAAUUCCCGCUGUCCGAGCUAUGAUGACGCGGAACACCACGAGUUCGCCUGUCUCGGGAGACCCAUGCCCGGGGUGCGCAUGCGGGUGACAAGGCUCGACAAUCCAAGCGAGGAGACCGCCCCCGGUGAGCGCGGGAGCCUCGAAGUAACUGGGGAGGCCGUGUUCACGGGGUACUAUAACAAUCCGACCGCCACGGCAGAGGCGUUCACCAGCGACGGAUGGUUCCGGACUGGCGAUCUGGCGUUCAUGGACAGCAACGGCAACCUCCAUCUUGACGGGCGCACAAAGGAGAUGAUCAAUAUCAAUGGAGUCAAAUACCUCCCGUACGAGCUGGAUGCCGCUCUCGAGCAGGCGGAGAUCCCAGGCACGACGCCCAGUUACUUUUGUACGUUUAGCUCGCGCGAUGGCUCCAUGGAUACGGAAGGAGUCGUUGUGCUCUACCUCCCCGUGUAUGGAGAGAGCGAUGACGAAGCCCGCUUUAACACGCAGAGCAGCAUCAUCCGCGUAGUGGCCAUGCACACGCGGUCGCGACCGCGCGUCGUACCGCUGCGUCUAGAGGACAUGCCAAAGAGCACGUUGGGCAAGUUAUCGCGGGCGAAACUCAAGACCGCGUUUGAAGAGGGGAGGUUCGCUGCGCAGGAGCAAACGAACAAUGAAGCCAUUAAGCGAUACCAGCAAAAGACACGAGGCAGCCCAGAGACACCGGAGGAAGCGCUCAUUCUGGAUAUCAUGAAGCAGCAGCUAGAGCUCCGGCCUGAGGAUGAAGACUUUGGCGUCAACGACUCAAUCCUGUCCAUAGGCGCCACGUCGAUGGAUCUCGUAGCCAUCAUCCACCGAGCCAACAAGCUUCUCCAGCCCUUUCGGUCACUGCGCCUAACAGACAUCCUCAAAGACCCCACGGCCAAGGGCCUCGCCCUCGCAGCAAGCGCCACAGACCCCCUGCAAGAGAAGCAAACUUCCACACACGUCUACAACCCCGUCGUAACCCUGCAACCCCACGGCACCAAGACCCCCCUAUGGCUCGUGCACCCAGGUGUCGGCGAGGUCCUAGUAUUCGUAAACCUAGCACACCACAUCAAAGACCGGCCCGUCUAUGCCUUCCGCGCAAAAGGCUUCAACGCUGCAGCCGGCCUGCCCGAGCCCCCCUUUACCUCUUUGGACGAGCUCUUCACAACCUACCGCGACGCAAUCAAGCAGCGCCAACCACACGGGCCAUACGCAAUAGCGGGGUACUCCUUCGGCGGGAUGGUGGCGUUCGAAGUGAGCAAGCUGCUCGAACAGGCCGGCGACGAGGUCCGCUACUGCGGGAGCUGGAAUCUCCCGCCGCACAUCAAGUCCCGCAUGCGCGAGCUCGUCUGGGAGGAGUGCGUGAUCCACCUGUUUUACUUCGUGGGCCUGAUGACCGAGGAGGCGGCGUAUACGCACAAGCCUGCUCUGCAGGAAUUGAAUCGAGAGAACCGCCGCCUCGACGCCAUCCGCUACCUGCGUCGGCACUGUGAUGCUGCGCGCUGGGACGAGCUGGGCCUUUCGGAGGAGUACUACUUGCUCUGGGUGGAUCUUGCGUCGAAUAUGCAGAGCUUGGCCGUGGAGUAUGAGCCACGGGGGGCCGUGAAAUGUAUGGAUGUGUUUGUUGCCGACCCGUUGAGCCAUGUUGCGAAGGAUCGGCGUGAUUGGGUUGAGGGCAGGCUCAGCGCGUGGAGGGGGUUUGUGCGUGAGGGUGUGCGCUUCCAUGAUGUGCAGGGGGCGCAUUAUACCAUGUUGAACAGGGAGUAUGUCGAGAAGUUUGCUGCGACGUUGAGGGCUGUGCUCAGGGACAGGGGGGUGUAG